AUGGUAUCUGGACUAGUGCCAAAACCCCAAAAUGCAACAAUUAUAUCAAAUAACCUUCGUAGCAUUUUACGCUGGGAUGCACCUCGGUUUCACAAGGGGAACCUAAGUUACACCGUCCGGUCUCAGAGCAUCAAUUUCCCUGGAAAGACAUAUGAAAAUAUAAGCACAAACUUGAGAGUCACAGAGUGUGAUGUCUCUUCUCUGUCUGCAUAUGGAGACUACAAUUUACAGGUCAGAGCAGAGUCAGGAAAGAAACAUUCAGACUGGGUGACCAUCAGAUUCAAGCCAAUGGAUAACACAACCAUUGGGCCACCUGAUGUAAAAGUGAAGUCUGACACUGGGUCCCUGCAUGUGGAUUUCAUAGGCCCUGUUGCUGAAAAUGAUCUUGAAAGGUGGCCUCUAAAGCACUAUUAUGGCUCGUGGAAUUACAGAAUACUGUACUGGAAGAAAGGCAGCAAUAAAGAGGUGACUCACACAGAUACGAAACAUAACUCUGAAAUACUAUCUCAGCUGGAGCCAUGGACAAUAUACUGUAUUAAAGUGCAAGCAGUUAUCCCCGAAUUGAACAAAACAGGGGAACUGAGCAAAGAGCUCUGUGAGCAGACAACCCACAAUGGUGUAACUCCUAUGUGGGUAAUUGUGGCUGUACUUACAGGAUCAAUGUUGGUCGUUGUAGUAUCUGUUCCUGCUUGUUUCUUUUCCUUUUUUUACCUAUAUCGACUCACCAAAGAUGUUUUCUGCCCUUCAUAUAUUUUCCCACAACACUUGAAAGAGUUUCUGAACAAGCCUCCCAGUGGUUCGCAGUAUUUUACUGCACUCCCACAAGAGCCCCACCUUUCUUAUGACAAGCUAACUGUUAUUUCAGAAGAAUCCAAACAUCAGAGUGAUGAGACUGAGGGUGAGGCCAGCAAGAAAGGAGAGCAUCUUCAGGACUCUGAACAAGAAGAUUCUGAUUCAAGAGUAAUAGCAGCUUCAGAAAUGGCCUAA